AAAAAAAGUGUGAGAAAGAUAGUUUCAUUGGAACAUUGUAUAGCUGGUUAGUGGUUACUCGCUUAAAUCCUUCGAAAAAAUGAUGUUUUUAAUGAAAUUAUUGAACAGGUUGUUGCACGUAUUAAUUCUCUUGAAUCUAGUACUAGAAUGCCUUACACAUGGUGGUGAUGGUUCUUCUUCGAGUGGUGAUUCUCCUACGACUGUUGAUCCUUCUGUAGCUCAAGCAGUUGAUCCCAAUCCAGCAGCAGGAAACCCAUCUGCGCAGUCCAAGUCCAGAUUUUCUGGUAUUAAACAGAUGUUCACCCCUGAUGCAGAAAAGUGGCGCCAGCGAAAAGAAAAAUUUUUCAGUGGUUUCAAAAGAAAACCAGCUGCAGAAACAAGUGUAAAACCAGUCGAAGGAAAUGGAGAAAACUUAGAUAAUGAAACAAACGAAAACCCAGCUGAAGAAAAAAUUAUUGAACCGCCAGCGCAAGUAACACCUGCACAACCAGUCGAAGAAACAGAUACAUUGAAAUUCGCUAAACUGGCUUUGGUGACCUUGCAGAUUCUCAUGGAUAAGAAAGUUUUUGAUAAUUAUUCGAACCCUUUGAGUUACAAAAUAAAUCAUUUCGACGUCAGACAACAUAUAUUUACCAGAAAAUCCAUCAAAAUGGACGCAUAUGAUGAAACCUUUAUGAACAUUUAUAAUAAAUUUCUGUACGAAUUAUGCCAUCCUUUGUUCACCCUGUACGAGAAACGUUUGGAGCAAGACAAAGACCUAGCAGAUAAAAAAGGCAAUCGCCUAUAUAACCCCGAACAAACCGUCUAUCGAGUUCAUCUACCUCCAGUACAUCCACCUCAUUCUUCUGUAACAAAUCCUCCAUCAAUUUUGAAAGAACCUACCCCAGAUCAUCAUGUAACUAGUCCACCAAGAAAUGGUAACAAAGUUAAUUUCGCUAAUCCUGAGGUUACUGCACAUAUACCACCGCUUGGCAAGGGUAGAACCCCACCUAAAAGUGAAUUACCUUAUUCGCAACGAGCAUCAUGGAUGUCUAAAACGUCUGCGAGAAGUUCAAGAAGGAGAGGUCCAUUUCAGCCUCGAGCUUUGACUUAUUCGCAGAAAGCUGUUAUAUACAGAGUAAUAAAGUGGGCUUCGAAAUUCUUAAUUGAACCCAGCUAUGUUCCUGCAAACAAGUUUAAGCGUAGAUUGGAUGAGGUUUCAGCCAAGUAUGGCAUGAAUUUACUAGAUCCAAAAUACGAUAAUUUGGAGCCAUCGAUCAUAACUUACGAUUGUAUCCCGCAUAAACCAACAGAUAUGGAACACUGCUGCGAAGAUAAAGAUAUAACCAUCGAAUAUUUAUAUCAUAUCAGCGAUGCUUACAUGCAGCAAAAGCAGAGAAAAAAAGCAGAGAAAGAAGAAAGAAAGAAUUUGGGACUCAAAAAAGAAAAAAAAGAGAAGGAAAUAGACGAUGAAAAAUUGAGUAAAACAGCAAAAUUCAGAGUAAAAUGGCGGAAGUGUUCAGAAAAAUAUGGUUUUUACCCUCAAGAACCGAACAAAAGACUGGCAUUUGAAAUAGUGGAUGCUUUUCGACCUGAAAAAUUCAAAGAAAUAUUCCAUAUAAAACCGAAGGAGGCAAAAAAAAUCAUAACCCAACGAUACACGAUACGAAAAUACCAAGAAACAUCUCAAAGACUUGGAGUUCAAUUGCCAUCCGCAAGUCUCAUUCCUGGGGCAACCAGCAUGGGAGAAGUCGGAUUUCCUCCACCAUAUCACAAAGAAACAAAUCCUCAUUUGAUUGAAGAUCCUGUGGAACGUGAAAAAGCAUUCGCAAGACUGGACAUGUUAUCUCGUGCAGAAAAGAAAGAGACUUGGGUUCAAUCAUGUUUCGUCAAGCCUUUUUGUGCCAUAAAAAAUGUAAUAAUGAGUGUGUUUACAAGUAGAAGUGGAUCGACAAAAAAUCAAAAUCAACCGACAAUCAAUUCAGAACACUCCGAAGAUGAACAUAAUAUGCAGCCUCCACACCACCCUCCAGUUCAUCCACAUGAAUCAUCGGAAACCCAUCAUACUGUAGCUGAUUGAAAACUUCUCCUCCUGAUCCCUUCGCCUCUAAUGAACACAAACAUUGGCAGAUUUUGUACUUUUUCCCAAAUAUAGCCGUGUGUUUUU